GCUUCUGGGCCAUGUGUCUGCCAUAGUCGCGUUGCAUUGUGGGAAGGUUGUGGUCCUCCAGCGGCUCGGUUCGGAAUAAUGUCUGCCUCGGAGGCAGCGGACGGUUCUUCCCCGGAGUUAUGCCCGAGCUUCGCCGUGAUCUGCUCGUUUCUUGAGCGGUAUGGAGCUCUGCUGGACCUGCCGGAGGUGUCGUUCCCGGAGCUGGAGCGCAGUCUGCAGGAGAGCAGCGCGGUACCAAAACUCCUUGUGGAUCUUCAUGUGAAGUUACUAAGGAAAAUUGGCAAGUCUGUGUCGGCAGACAGAUGGGAGAAAUAUCUCAUUAAGAUCUGUCAGGAGUUUAACACCACAUGGGCAUGGGAGCUGGAGAAGAAAGGUUAUCGAGAGAUGACAGUGGAGUGUAAGACAGGAAUACUGAAGUACUUGUGUGAAUGCCAGUUUGAUGACAAUGUCAAGUUUAAAACCGCUAUCAAUGAAGAGGACCCAGAUAAAAUGCGUCUUCAGCCGAUUGGCAGAGACAAAGAUGGCCUCAUGUACUGGUUCCAGCUUGAUCAAGACAAUAAUGUAAGGGUCUAUAUGGAAGAACAGGAUGAUCUGGAUGGGUCAUCCUGGAAGUGUAUAGUAAGAAAUAGAGACGACCUGGCUCAAAUCCUUGGACUGCUGAAGACUCAUAUUGAUCCAGCACUUUUAGUAAAGAAGGAUCAGGAGGAGGGCUCAUCUAGUAACAGUCCGAACCCAGAGAAUGGAGAAGACAAGAAAAAAGAGGGCGCUGAAGUGGAGAUCAGAGAUGAGAAGUCACAAAAUGAUUUGUCUGCAUCUGAAAAUAAGGAAAACAUCUUGGAGAGGGUAAAUGCAAAGCAAGAAGAUGCAGAUACCACAGAUGCAUUGUCGGAAAAAGGCUUAAAGGUGAAGGAAGAACUGCAGAAACAUUCGGAGACGGCAAACGGCUCUACUGGAUCGAUCAAAGAAGAGCCACAGGAUGAGUAUGAGAACGUCAAGGAUUUGUCAACACCUUCAAAGAAUGCAGCACAGACAGAGGAUGUAAAAAGAAAAUCUUUAGAAGAGACUCAAAGAGCUUUGAAAAAUGACCAUCAAGCUAAAAUCCCCCUGAAAAAGCGGGAAAUGAAACUAAGGGAAGACUUUGACACCAGCAGCAUGGGAGUACGAAACGCUCCCGUGAAAGAAUCACUGACAUGUUUUGAUGACAGCAGAUUGAAUCCUGAAAAGAUCAAUGGCCAUGUUCCUCACCUUGCAACAUCUGAGAGUGAAACGCAAAAAGGGUCAGAGGGUCUUCAAAAAGAAAGCACAGAAGAUAAUAAUUCUGAGAAACUCCCUCUUGUUUUAGAUAAAUCCAAAGAGAGCAAAAAGGAAAGAAAGAAUGACCAGAUGGAAAAGAAGAUGGACGCAAAUGAAACCAGAUUGUGUGCUGAAGAGCAGAUGGAAGUGGAGAAAUCUGAGGAAUCCUGUGCCGCCACUGCAGAAGAGAACAAAGAAAAAACUGAAACCUCUCAAUCUCAUGAAAAGAUCCCUGGAGAAGAAAAGCGUUCAUCAGUAAGUGAACAAUCGGAAAAGACACCUGGUUCUGAAGACGUAACUGACAAUAGAAAGUCUCCCAGUAGUGAUGAUACAGAUGCUACUGAAGUUAAUACGUCAAAACUGCCUGGAGAGUCAACAAAAGAAGAAUCAAUGAAAGAUCUCCCAAACAAGGAGUCAACGAUUGAGCUUUCAAAAGAAGACACCGAAGAUUUCCCAAACAAAGAAUCAUCAAACAAUCUUACAAGAGACAAGUCAGUGAAAAUUUCCCUAAAAGAUGAGCCAACAAAAGAUCUGGCGACGAAAAGUCUCUCAGAAGAAGACACAUCAAUUGAAAAGUCAACAAAAGGCUUCUCAAAAGAAGCAGUGAAAGAGUCAUCAAAAGAUUUCGUAAGAGAAGAGUCGGUACAAAGUCUUCCAAAAGAUGAGCCAGCAAAAGAGUCAAUUAAAGAUCUCUCGAAAGAAGAGACAUCAGAAGAAAAGUCAAUGAAAAAUCCUAAAAAUGAACAAUCCAAGAAAGAUCUCGCAGAAGAAGAAUCACAUGAAGUUCUCACAGAAGAAAGUCGGCAAUCUCCCAAAGACUCCAAUAAAGACCAUGAAAAACCAGAUCCGACUGCUUCCACGUCGAUGGAAACUGAACCAUUCCAAUCAACUAAAACAGAGGAGUCUUCUUCCUGUGAAGUAAUCAAACCACUUUCUGGCACAGAAAAGCCAGUAUACACUGAAGAAACGAAACCUCAUCACAGCUCUGCAGACACUACCACAGAAAAAGAGCCAACUGCCAUUGUCUCAAAAACUGAAAAACAGUGUAUAUCUGAAGGAGACAAGCUCUCAACCAAUGAAGAAAGUGAGUCCAUUGCCUCUAAACCUUCUGAGGAUACAGGUGACCCUCAAGACAAAGAGCAAGAGCAGUCUGAAUCCUUUAAGCCAGCAUCAAGUGAUCUAGAAAAACCAUCUGUUUCUGAUUCAACGAAUAAGCCAAGCACAUCAAAAACCACAGAGAAAGUAAACCGUGAGGAAAAAUGUGAUACAGCUGAAACUGAUAAAAAAGAGGAUUUGGAAACGUCAAAAGACAAGGAUAAAAAGGUUGAAGCUGCAAACAGUUCAGAAGAAUCUGCAUUGAAAAAAUCAGAAGAAGUUAAAGUUACAGAACGACCUGAUGAAUCCAACAGUUCGGAGAAUCCUUCUUCUGAUAGAGAACAUGAAAAGGAACCUGAUUCAAAGGAAGGGAGCAAAGAGAAGCCAAUGGAUAUUGAUUCAGAGAUCAGUAAAGCUGAUCAAAUUCAGUCAGCUAUUGAGGAGGGAAUUGAGUCUACAACAGCAAGUAAGAAGGAAACGCAUGUUCCUGUGGAUCAAAACACAACCUCUAGCAAACAAUCUAAGCAAGACGCAACUUCUGAAAAAUGUGAGGCUUCCGAGGAUGUUCAAGAAAAAAGCACUGCUGUUGUGAAAAGCAGUAAAAGACCGGGACGGCUUCCAAAGAAAGCUGUGGAGAGUCAGGAUGAGGAUAAAACAGGCGAAGGACAAGAAGAAAAGGCACAACGGGAAGGAAAUCGCAUGAAGAUCAAAAUCCCAUCACACAGGAGAAAUGCAGAACUUCAGAGAGAAGAGGUAAGGGGAGAUUCAGAGUCUGAGGUGACCGACGGCAGGUGCUUGCGGAGAUCUCCAAGAAUCAGCCGACCCACUGCUAAAGCUGUGGAGAUCCAGGACAGGAGGGUUGAACGGAAGCAGGUGACUCCUGUGUCUGAGAAAGAAAAGGAGGAAAACGAAGACAAAGAGGAUGAGGAUUCUAUACCAAGCAAACCAAGGAAAGCUGAGCCAGAUGGCCAAACAAAACCAAAGGUGGGGAGACGUCGGAAACGACAACCAUGGUCUCGCAUGAGACGUAAAAGGAAAAGUUCUGACGAUGACGAUGAUGUCGUCGAGGAGAGCGAGAGUGAGGAAGAGGAGACGGAGGAGGACGACAGCGAUGAAGACUAUAAGGUGGAAAAGACCAGGAAAAGGAGGAGAAACCGAAACCGAGAGCGAAACAGCUCUGACGACUCUACCUCUUCAUCAGAAGAUGAACCUAAUGACGACCCCUGCAAACACUGUGGCCUUCCCAACCAUCCCGAGCUGAUCCUCCUGUGUGAUUCCUGUGACAGCGGUUACCACACUGCCUGUCUGCGGCCUCCGCUCAUGAUCAUUCCAGACGGGGAAUGGUUCUGCCCCCCCUGCCAGCAUAAGCAACUUUGCGACAGGCUCGAAGAGCAAUUGCAGAAUUUGGAUGCUGCCCUCAAAAAGAAAGAACGUGCAGAGCGAAGGAAAGAGCGACUGGUGUAUGUUGGCAUCAGUUUAGAGAACAUCAUCACACCUUCCGUGGAAGUGGAAGAAGAAAAGGUGGAGGUGGUGAAAGAGAAGAAAGAUGUGAAGAAGAGCAAAGGUUGGGGACGGAGAUCAACCAGGGCAAAGAAAUACAUAAGCUACAGAUUUGAUGAGUUUGAUGAAGCGAUUGAAGAGGCAAUCGAGGAAGACAUUAAAGAGGCAGAAGGUGGAGGAGCAGGCCGGGGGAAGGACAUGGCGAACAUCACAGGCCACAGAGAGAAGGACAUUUCCACCAUCACACAGGAAGAUGGGAAGGAGAACGGGCGGCCACGACGAAUCAGUGCAGCUCAGAAGAAGAAGCGGCGGCGGCUCAACGAUCUAGACAGCGACAGCACCGUGGACGAGGAAGAGAGUGAAGACGAGUUCCGUCUCAGCGACAGUUCAGAGUGUGAGGAGUUUGUGGCCUCUGAUAAUGACGCGGAGAGUGAAGCAGAAGUCCCGUCCUUUGAGGACAGCGACUUCGGCAGCGAUGUUGGCUGCCCGCGGAGAAGACAGCCGCCACGCAGAAGACGCAGACCUAAAGGAUACUCUGAUGAGGAGGAGCUGGAAACCGAUGAAGAGGAGGAAGAGGAGGAGAUGGCGACAGAAGGCUCUAGUGAAUUCAGUGCCAGUGACCUGGACGUCCGAUGUCGGCGGUCCUAUCGGAGUCGUAAGCAAGAGGUGAAUUACUGUGAAAGCACCGAUUCUGACGGCUCACAGGCCAGCACCAACAAAGACAAGAAGAAGAAACGCAGACGUCUUUCCAGCUCCGACAGCGAAGUUAGUUUCCAGUCCGUCGAAUCUGAUGAAGAAGUCCGAAAGCCCAAGAAGAUAAGAGCGGACUCGUCCGAGGAAGAAUCCAGGAAACGCCGAAGACGCCUGUCACUUAAACGCCGGAGGGAGUCGGAAGAUGACGAUGAUGAUGACGAUUCAGAUGAAUCCGAGGAAGAGGAGCGGCCCAUCCGGAAGCGUGUGAACCGCAUCGACUCUGAUGACAGCGAGAGUGAAGAGGAGGUGAAGAAGAGCCCGUCGGAGAAAGAGACAGAGGAGACUGUUGGCAAAGGGCCCAGUCCACUGGACUACAACUCGGUGGAGCUUCCUCCAGCUAAUGGACAGAGCCAAGUGAAGGGUUUGGAGGGUCUCGUGCCACGACCCGGGGUGGGAGUGAUGACUAAAAACGGCAACGCCCCAUCAGCAGUACCCAUAGUGCCGAAUGGCAUGGAGAUUGUUGCACCGGAAGAAGAUGAAGACGACCUUUUGGGCGUCACAGACCUCGUAGACUAUGUAUGCAACAGUGAACAGUUAUAACUUGGUAUUCUUUUUCUUUUUUACAUUUUUCUCUUUUUUUUCGACCCUCACCCUGUUUUCACCACGGAUCACGUCAACAGUCCCUGUUAAAUGUGCUAGGUGGCACAUGAAUAAUAGCUGUAAAUAUUUUACUGAGCAAAAGUAUCAAGGGAAGGAGACCACAAUCCUUCUAACAAACUCCCCGAGAUAUUCCUUCUAAAGUAUUGUUUUUGUUCGAUAAGGGCAAUCGCUCUCAAACAAACCCUCUCUGGAAACAACCUCUAAAACCUCUUUUUACACUAAUCACGCAGCCAUGCUCACGCUCACACGUCUUGACGUAGACAUUUGUCAAGUUUACAUGCGUUUUGAUCUCCACUGAUGUCAGUUGCACAUUUCAGAGAGAACUGGAAGUGGGUGGAGUCUGUGUGGAGGGGGCGGAGCCUUCAUUUCAGCGAGGCUCCACGCAACGCUAAAUAUCGUUAGCGUUUGAUCCACUCCGAGGCCAUUUUUACCAUUCUUUCAUAAUCUAAAUGGAGUGGAAGUUGAAUUUCUACCGAGUGGUUUCAUAGUGUCAUUUGGUGGCGGAAAAAAUAGAUGUUUUUAUUAAGUGAUGUCAUUAUAAGCUCUGUUUUGUUAUACUAUUUAUUAUAGAAUUUGUACCUGAAAUUAUCAGCUGCUCGCACCACUAGAGCACAAGAUUCCUGGAAGGUGUAUAAUGGUGAAAAAUUGCUCAUUUACUUAUGCCAACAUACUAACAUUGCAUCCAAUUCUCUUGCUUUGGGCUGUUUUAGCACCACAUUUUGAUUUUAAUUCAAACACUAUUUACUCUGGCAGCUUUUCAAUGUAUCAAAUGCCAAAUCUUCCACUCGAGGAUGAUAAAACGCUGAGGACUCUCACCCACAUCGAUGCGCAGUUUGUUUCUCUGAGGGAUUCCUUGAAGUUUAGUGCUGUUCAUCUCAUUUUGAUGCAGAUAUUCCAUCUUCUUUGCCCAUCGUGUCCUUCUUAUGUCUGUGUUUCAGUGCACUAUAUUCAUUUUCUUUAUAUAAAUAUAUGAAUAUAAUCAUUGUAAUGUUUUCCUUUAGUUUUGUAAGCAUACUAAUGAUGUGUAUGAUUAGUUUGUUGUUCAUCAAUUACAAAGCAAUACAUUUUUCUUACAAGACAUGCAGGAAGAGAUUCAUCAUCUCCUGGUUUUGUCUGUUUCUAAAGACCGUAGUUCAUGUUGCUGGUGACAUUCGAAUGAUUUCCGACCUUUCCGAGAGCAGCGUGAUGUGAGACGCCCCUCUGAGAUGUAAGAACACAUCUGAGAAACUUUGUUUGAUCUUGCAUUAUCCUGGUGUGUAUAUCUGUAGUUUUCUGCUGUAACAUAUUAGAAGCAUUUUUAAAUCAUUUAAAAGUAUACAUAGCAGUCCUUUUAUGAUUGCAGCUGUUUAUAAUUUGUUUUCUAGGUACAUUUACCACUCCAAAGUGGGCACGUCUGUCUCUGUCUUUUUAUGAGUUUAUUUCAGUUUUGUCUUUGAGGGUUUUCAGGUUCACUGUCCUAUUUCCACUGAUUGCUAAAACAUUUCCAAGAAUGGUCUGUUGUUAGAAGAAAAAGCAUUUGAUGUUAAACCCAACAGACAGUUGAAUUGGUGUAAAAAUGUCUUGUACAUUAAUGUUUAAGCUUGGCAUGCACUUAUAUUCUAGUCUGAGUUAUUUGCUCUUGCGGCAUAAGGGCAUCAGAUUUUGAAAAUAAAUCAUCCCUGAUUUUUUUACAAAUAUAGUUUUAACCAUGCUAAGACCAAGAGCAUCAUUAGGUACUAGACCACAAUGCAUUUCUCUCCAGGUGGUCUAUUAACAGUAUUGGGCUGGUGUCAUUAAAACAAUUUAAGGUACAGAUGUCCAUUUGAAAUCGAGGCCCAGCCUAUUAAUGACAGUAUAUAUUUGUAUUUCAUACAUAAAAAUCUUUUUAAUUUGAUAUUAUGUCAUGAGGGAUGUGGACUCCAGUGUUUUAAGAUAUCUGGCUGAUGUAGUUUGACAGCAGAUGGACCGAGGCCGUCUGGUUUUAGCUUUUAGAAAUCUCCUUUGUGUUCGUCUGUUUCUCUUUUUUUUUAUCUGUAUUGUAAUUUCUUUCAUAUGAUUUACUAUCUUGUACAUUUGUCAUAAUAAAAAGGAAAUGAAACCUGUA